UUUCUCCCAGAGAAAAGCAUCACCAGCUGAAGCUCAGCGAGCCCCUUGGCAGCCAGAGAUGUAGGAUGGGAGCGAGAAGCUGGCUGGGCUGGGGGGAAGGGGAAGACAGCAAGGCGAGCGGCUGGGCUUCCACCAACAUGCGGCGAGCCACACCAUGCUACAGGAAGCCAUAGCCUCCAGUGAUAAAUAGGAGACCCGCGAGUACAGGAUGUGUGCAGGGGGAGCUUGGUGGAACAAGGGGAUGUGAGGCAGCAGCUGCUGAGUCCAUCCAUCUGUCUGUCCGUCCAGCCAGCAGGAUGGCCAUCGCCCAGCUGCUGCUGCUGCUGCUGCUGCUGCUGGAACGAGGAUCUGGAGAGGAGGAUGCCAAGGUGCUCUGUGCCGGCACUGCCUGCUAUACCCUGCAUCGGGCUGAGCUGGGCUGGAACGCCGCCCAGGAGCGCUGCCGGCAUGACGGCGGCAACCUGGCUCCAGCCCGCAGCCCCGCUGAGGCCGAGUUGCUGCGGGAACUGCUGAUGGCAGCCGGCGGGACAGGCCAGGCAUGGAUCGGGUUGUCGCUACAACGGGGCCGCUGUGUCCAGCCACAGGAGCCACUGCGAGGUUUUGCCUGGGUAUCCAGCGGGGAGCCUGGGAACUACUCGGCUUGGCUGUUGGAGCCCACCAUCACCUGCCUCAGCGCCCGCUGCGUCAGCCUGCGGCCGGCUGGCUGGGUCGAUCGCCCUUGCCGCAUUCCACUGCCUGCUUUCCUCUGCAAGUUCAGCUUCAGGGGGAUGUGCGGACCCUUGCCGCUGGCCGGACCUGGCCGGGUCAGCUACACAACCCCGUUCGGGGUGCGCAGCCCCCAGCUGGCGGCCGCCCCUUUUGGCACACUGGCGGAGGCUGAAUGCGAUGGAGGUGACAUCCCAGCCUUUGCCGUCUGCAAGGGCCCUCUGGAAGGGGGCAGCUUCGCCUGGCAUCCCCCUGGCCCCCUCUGCCCUGCCGCCUGUGCCCACCGCAAUGGGGGCUGUGAGCACCGCUGCCUGGAGGAGCCAGGGCAGCCCCCACGAUGCGCCUGUCACCCCGGAUACGUCCUGGCCGCCGACAUGGCUUCCUGCCUGCCUGAGGAUGCCUGCCAUCCCAACCCUUGCCAGGGAACCUGCCGGACACAGGACAGCGGGUUUGAGUGCGGUUGUGAGGCCGGCUACACACUGGCAUCUGAUGGCCGGCACUGCCUGGAUGUGGACGAGUGCUUGUCCGGGCCCUGCCAGCAUGAGUGCCGCAACACAGCUGGCAGCUUCGUCUGCCUCUGCCGCCCGGGCUACCGCUCCACGGGCCCUGGUGGCCACGAGUGCCACGAUGAGGACGAGUGCGCCCAGCCCGAUGUCUGCCCCCAGCUCUGCCUCAACGUUCCCGGCUCCUUCCACUGUGCCUGCCGGCCCGGUUACCAGCGCCAGCCCGGUGGCGGUGAUGCCUGCGUGGAUGUGGAUGAAUGCCUGCGGGACCCCUGCCCUGGUCCCUGCCGCAACCUGCCCGGCAGCUUUGAGUGCCUCUGCCCUCCUGGCUUCAUCCCAGAGGAGGAUGGACGUGGCUGCUACUCUGCACCCACCCCUGAAGAGGAGAAUACAGGGGCCCCCAACAGCACCUCACAGACCACAGGCAACCCACAGACCACGGACGCCCUGCAGACCACAGGCAUCCUUCAGGCUACAGAUGCCCCAUGGACCACAGGCAUUCCCUGGACACUGGGCAUCCCUGUUGGGGCAACACCACCGGCCCCUACAUUGGCUGGGUCGGCACCUGGCUCUGAACACAGUGCCGAUGGCCCCAGGCUGCUCCUCUACUACAUUCUGGGUAGCCUGGUAGCCAUCCUGCUGGUGCUGGCCUUUGCCUUGGCCCUGCUGGCUUGCAAGAGGAGAGCGGCCAAGCAGGAGAAGCAGACAGCCAAAACUGCAGCGGACAACUACUGCUGGGUGCCCGAGCAGCCAGAGAGCUGUGGGGCAGGUGGUGAGCGCAGGUAACAGUGUCCGGGGCAGUGAGGGGGGAGGCAGAGCUAGGAGUGGCACAGAGCAUUUUAGCAAAUUAAAAAGAAAAGUAAAACCAAAAAGGGGUAAUGCUGUCUGUUCAACACAGAUUUGUAUGUCCAAGAGCCUGUCCUGAUGUUCCUUUCAAAGCACAGAUCUAGGCUCUGGGUAGGAAGACAGCCCAAAUCAGUCCUGUGAUUUAUAAAUCAGCCACUGCUCCUCCCAGGGAAGGGUUAACAAGGACAGUGCUGCAAAGUGGAGAGGGAAAGGGAUUGAACUUGCUUGUCAGGGCUGCUCUUCAACUCUGCAGAACCUCACUGUGCUUAAAAAUAACAAAUUAUAAGUAUUGAUGUGUCUUCUUGAAGCUAAAGAGUUGAUUUAAUUUAUCAUUUAGUCUUCUCUACCUGUAUUUGAGAUGCCAAUAUGCAAAAGCAGCAGCUUCCCUGCCCUGUCCCCUGCUCCUCCAAUCCUUUGCCGUCCCAAAAGUAAUGCUAGUCCUUUCUCUGGUCGCCCGCCUGGCAGCAGACAGCCUGCCUUGAACCCUCGGUUUCGCCUAGUUCUCAUUGAAAUGCAUUUGAAAUCUUUAUGUCUUUCACCAGGGCAAGAACUGGUCUCUGCUACUACAAGCAGAGGCUGUUUUUAGCGGUUUUCCCUGCAGCUCCCCAGACCCAUGCAUGAGCCUGUGCGAUUGCACUAGGUUUGAAGCAAGGAAACAGGGAACCUUCCCCCAAGGCAUCACACCUAGUAAGGGACCUUAAAUCCAUUCCCAGAGUGCAGGAGGUGCACAGCACAGAGAAAGCUGUUCAACUUGGCCUUGCAGACAAGGGGCCAAGGCAGAGAAUGUGUGGUAAAAAGAUAUGAAAAAAAUACGUGUAGAAGAACCGCCCACCCAUUUUCAGUGUAUUCAGAUUAAAAGCACUUGCAAAAUACAGAAAACAAUGCUCUCCUUCAAAUGCAGCUGGAUGAGAGACUGGACUUUUCCUGUUUUGGGUAGGACCCCUUCCUGACGGCUGGGGGUCCAGACUGAAUGCAUUUUCCGUUCCUUCCCCUGUGUAGAAUACACUGGAUGUUGUAUAUUUGCUUAUUGUUGUAUAUAAAACUUAUAAUCCUGCUUCAACCCAAAUGCUUUCUCAGGAUGAAGUUGUUCUCCAGUCUUCCCCAGGUACCUGACUUCAGAGAGCCCUUUAUAUGCAGCCACUCCUGACAAUGAAGCCUCUUGGAGCUGUUUCAGUGUGAAUCUUACCAAAAAAUCUCAGGGGCACAAGGGCCAUUCAAGCUUCCCAUCAAGCAGUGGUAUCUUCAUUAUUUACCCACACUCUACAAGGCAAAAAGGUGCUAGAAAAUAACAGGCAUGUGUUUUGAAGGGUACAUAAGUUUCUUGAAGUAUCUGCUGGGUUUAUUGUAUACUUAAGGCUUAAUUGCUACAGAAAUGGGAACUGAACACAAAGGAGUUUGCUGUAGGCAGCGACCUGCAUCCUGUUCUUCCAUGUGUGGAGGAAAACCCUUUCCUGCUGUUUUUUUUUUUUUUUUUGUCUGCAUUUCUCCAUUGUAAAAUAAAACCCAAAACAGCACAGGAAAAUGUAGCUGUUAGAAAUGUUUUUAAAGUUCUGCCUGUGCUUCCUUUUCUCCACACAGUGGCUGGGAGAAACAGUGAACGUAGCAGCGGCAUUCUUGGAAGUCCCUCAGAAAAUUCCUAUCCUGUCUAUGUUAUGACAAGGCAGCAAAGCAUUCUGAAUAUAUGAAUGAAUUAAACAAAUGAAUAAUCCUCCUCAAAUCAGUAGGACAACCUACAUACAUAAAAUUAUGCCUGUACUGUUGGGCUAUGCCAGCUCAGGGUCUGGAAGGAGAAAAGGCAGUCACAGCGACAUGCCUUGCAUCACAGGGACUACUUGGUUCACUUUAUUGAAAACUGAGGCGUUUUCCAGUUGUUAACAGUCUCAGGAGUGUUUCUGCCUUAUUUUUCAGUUGAAGUAUCAAUUAAUUGUUGCAUAUAACAUUUCUUCCACUAUGAAAAAGGGAAAAGGAAGCAUAAGUGCAGGUUCAGAGCUGGUACAAAUCUGAGAGGUAUUAUUUAUACCAGAAAUCCCCUGGUAAAACCUGUAAUUCUGAUUUCUGUUGUGACUUUUGUGUAUUUGGGUAUGUGUACUGUAUUACCAGUGGAGUAUGGUAAUGGGUCCAGCCUAGGGAAGAUAUUAGUUUGUGCCUAGGUUUAGUUUGAUUUCUCUCUGGUGGAAUACUUCCUGAUGUAGCAUCCUUCACCCUGGUACAAUUACACCUGGAUAGUCUCAUGUCUCCUUUUUUUCCUGCCACAAAUCCAGCAGGAACAUUUUGAUCCAUGUCCUUGUUAGGGAACUAUCCAGGGCCUGUUGAAUUCUGAGGGCAAAAGCAAAUAGAAUUAGACUAGAGAGGUUGGAACCCCAUCUUACAGUCAGAGGAGAUGGGGUGUGCGUCCUGGCCCAAGGGAGUUUUACUGUGGUGCCCGGGGCAGCUACCUCUGCUCCCUGUUCCUUGGGUAUAAAUGAAGUGCCAUUUUAAGCACGAUCUCUAACUGUCCUGGUGCCACCAUGGCAGGGCAGGCUAGCCAAUAUGUUCGUAAUGUUUUGUACAUAUCAAUGGGUUUGUAAUGAAGUGUUAUGUUUUUAUGGUCCAGAAUUAAGGGACACCUCAUUGUUUGUGGAAAUGACAAGUCAGGACUGAAUUUCACUUUGUCAUCUGCACAGCAACAGUACAGCACCACAGCCUUACAGAUGCCUUUGACUGAAAGAAUAAGGUUAUCCCAUAUGUUGAAUAAUACUGUAAGUUGCUUUCCUGAUGAAACACCAAUGAAAUCUAAAAAGAAUGCAUCUUCAGUGUUUUUUAAUAAAUACAUACAAUAUCAUAGAAUU